AAAUCGUCAGCUCAUCACCUGUGAAUUUUGCUAUAAAACACCGUCGACAUCCUCAUCAAAGCAUCAGUUAAACCAAGUUCAACUAACAAACCAUCAGCAGCAAGAUGAAGUUCCUCUUGACAAUCGCUUGUGUCGCCCUCUACAUCGCCAGCAUUAAUGGCGCGGCUCUUCCUGAUGACGUCAAGGCACAAUUUUUGACCAUCAAAAAAGAGUGCUUGGCCGAAUUUCCCAAUCUGGACCACGAACAUCUGAAGAAGAUGAAGAAAAAUGAAUUCGUCGAGGGUGACGAAGAUCUGAAGAAGUUUGUGCUCUGCUUCCACAAAAAAUUGCAUGUCCAAAAGGACGAUGGCAGUUUUGACGUUGACAAGAUCAAAGCGGACUUCGCUAAAUAUUUCGACGGACACACAUACGACAAGGACAUCGAGGAGUGCGCUAAGGAUGAUCAUCAUGAUGCCGCCGAAAAUGCUUGGGCAUUCUUCAAGUGCAUUCAUCCUAAACUCCCCGAAAUGGAAGAAUAAUUCAAGCGGGUGUGAUUUAACCUCAAAUAUUACCUAAUAACGAUUAAUUCAAUUAGACAUGCAAUCCUGAAGAAAAUUGAAUAAAAAUAUCAUACAAUACAUAA